ACGCUGUGCCACACGACAACGGGGUACAGCAGCGGGGACCUUUCUGCCAGAUAAGCAAUCUAUCUGCAAAUCGGUUCGUGUCCCACAUCCGCAAGGUGUAAUAUCCAUCGCUGAUGCGCCGAGCCCGUGGUCCUACGCUUCGACUCCAUUGGACAUCUAUUCCCAGGAACGGAAUGCUGCAGGACGGCAUCAAAUUUUCAUGUGCGAGCAUCGGCCACUCCCGACGAGACCUUAUUGUGGAGCAUCUGAACGAGAAACCCCCGCACUCUCGCGCCUGGCGGAGCCCCAGACCUCUCAAGCUGAGAGCUCAUAUCACUUAUCUGAAUACAUCUUCGGCCCGUGAUUCCUCCGGUAGAUUCGUAGCGCAUACAGAGCUUAUGUCGAUGGAUCCGAAUUGGGUAACCAGCAACCAUAUCUCGGGCUUGGCCCCAGCAGUCACUAGCUGUCACCAGCGAUCGUCAAUAUCUAUGGCGAUCAACGGAGAGUAUCAUGCAGCGUUUUCGCGUGGCAAGAGCCCUCCGGGAAUGCGCUCUCGCAACAUAUCUGGUUGCAGCGGGAAUACAGUAAGAGUUCAAACGAGAGCUCCCAUCGUACGAUGACCCAUUGAUCGAAUGUCUGCUGACGUGGUAGUGAUAGUCUGAUCCAACCGCCAGGAUGCCUCUGCUCAAUCAGAACCAUCGGCAUUCUGUCCGGUAGUACCUACAACGGCGCAGACAUGCUUUCCUAUAUGCCCAACAAGCGUACCCAAUGCCCCUCGUUGCCUUAUCGGCGACCCAUACCAUGAAAUCAGCUC